AAAAUACCAAAAAGUGUGUUGCUCAACUUAGGAGUGGGGAAUUGGCUCAUGUUUCUCACUUGCUGACAGAUCCCUACAAAGAAAAACUGGACCCAAAAAAGCAAUCUUUCUUUUGAGAUUUUCCUCCAUCUUUUGUUAAAAGUCUUUGAAUCCUUUUCCUCCCAAUUUCCAGCCCUUCCAAUUCCACCUCCUAAAAAGUCCUUGAGAGUGACCCAGUUGGGGGACUCACUGCUUGGAAAUAUUUACCAAGAUAAAGUCAGGUAACGUGCAAUCCCACCACAAAAGUCGUUUCCCUUUCUUGCAAGGUAGAAUAUGCAUCGAUAAUUUAAUUUGGAAAAUGUUUUGAUUGGGCGGAGGAUGAAAUCAGUUGGUCGUUUGCCAUUAUUGGGUUUUUAAAUUCCUAAACUCCGAAUAAAAUAUGAGUGUUGCUGUGGCUCCGGAUCUAACACCCUUUGGAAUCCAGUGCUAGAAUUGGAAACAAAUAGAUUCCGGGUCUUCAAGAAUUGGUUAAUGAAGUAAUUGGUGAGCCAAUCGUGUCUGACACCAACACUCUCUGAAUAAACAAGCCUGAACCACAGCUGACACCUGAAACCCAAAAAAGAAGAAGUGGGUGGUGUUUGUGCUUAUAGAAUCAAACAAGGAAUCAGAGAAAAAGUUCCGAUUUAUUGUUCUCUGAUUUAUCGGCAUCUGUGUCUUGGAUGAGUGCAAGAAUGUGAAGCAAAAUCUGGGGAAGACUUUGUUUCUUUGAAAGAAACGAGCAACUUCUGAUUGUUCAUUUUUCUGGGGGGAUUUGAUCUUGUGGUAUUCUUGAGGAUGGGUGAAUUUCCCAAUGGGUGGAGUUGGGAAGAGAACAAGCUGUUUGAGGUGGCUCUGGCGAUGGUGGAUGAACAAGACCCAGAUCGGUGGGAGGUGGUCGCGGCCAUUGUCGGAGGGAAGAAGAGUGCAGAGGAAGUGCAGAGACAUUAUGUAAUCCUUCUGGAGGAUUUGCACUUCAUUGAAUCUGGGUGUCUUGAUCACGAGCUGGAGGAUGCUCAGUCAUAUGGUCAAGUUGAGUGUAUUAGUCAGUCAGUGUAUUGGACAGACGAGGAUCAAGAAUUGUUCAUUCAGUUGGACAUAAACUGAUCAGUAAUCCAAGAGCCAUUCAUUCAAGCAGCUUGUUUCUUAAUUGAGAGCUCAUGCCUAAGAGGAAGACAGACAGUAGUACUUCAGUAUUUUGCUGUUAUUCCUGUAAUUCUUCUUUACCCUUCUGACAUUUCGUCAACAGAUUAAGUUUCAAGUGGCAAGUUUUUAACAGUAUUAGCAAAAUGUAUCUGAAGCCUUGUCGACCAAACUACUAGUGAUCAAUGUGAAUAUGGCUAAAGAAUCGCAAUGGGAAGUUGCAGGGUUGUGUUAUUCCCGGAAUGCUA